UGCAUGUGAUCACCAACUCUAGUUCUUAUUUUUAAUGAUUUCAACAAAUACCACGGCAACGUACAAAAGUCCAGGGAAACACUUUGAGCCAGCUUUUGCACAGUGCCCAAAUCCGAGCACCACAAAUACGGAAUGGUCGCCUUCAACAAUGCUAGUCAAGGUCGUGGUGGUGAAUUUGACCUGGACUUACCUGUGAUGAACUGCAGAGAAUACUCCUUUAUCUUCUCUGUUGUAGAGCCUGAAAUUUCGGAUGUUGUUUCAGCUUUAUUUCAUACAAUUUUACUUCAUAGGACGUUGCCGACUCUUGAUUUUAAAGGAGGAGCAGUGAGCUACAAUUCCUAUCUUGGUAUAUGUGAUGUGGAUUGUAAAAGUCUUGACUUGACCUACGUAUGUAUAAACUCCAACCAACUUAUCGAAAAAGUGGCAACUUCAGUUUCAGCCUUUGUUGAAGCCAUGCAUCGUGAUAGCUGUUCAUCUAACAAUAAUGGCGAAGUUCGUGGUGCAAUUAACUUGGAGUUUGUGGUUCACAGAAAAGGGGUUUGGUUGGGACCAGAAGCCGCGACUUGGGAACGUUGGAUUGUAAAUGUGAUUCUGAAAACCGUCAGUGCGAAUGAAAAAGAGGAUCAUCGUCGUCAAAUUAGCAAUCAACUAAGGAAUGAAUUGUGCAACAUUCUCGAACACUUCAACUCUCCCUCAGCUUAUGCUCCAUCUUUAGGUAGCUCACAAGUGGAAACAGAACACAUCAUUGACUUCUCUAUGUGCGGAAUUUCACCCUAUCGGUUUAGUAUAAAUUAUCUUUCUAAUUCAUGUCAAAGUCGUUCCGGAGUGAGUGUGACCAUGAGGCGUAUAUUUAAAGAUGCUAGACUUUGAUAUACAUUUUUAUUUUCAUAUUUUGUGUAUUAUCAAUAAUAUGUACCUAAUUUUGAUACCGAUAUUGGACAUCAGUCAUAAGCGAUUCGGCAUUUAUAUAAAGUCGUGGGAGUCAGCUCUUUAUUUCCUAAUUCUUGUUUUUAUUUUUCGCUAUGUUUAUUACUUGAAGUUGCAUAUUAGUAUUUCUUCAAUUCUGAUUGCUGUUUUGUUAUGAUUUUGGUGAAUUUUUAUAUAAAUUGCGAUGAACCAGUUGCAGAUGUGAGUUUGACUUGCAUUAUACGAUUCACUUAAUGUAGGGUCACCAAUCCCUUGGUUUAGAAAGAAUUCUCUCGUUUGUGUAGUUUUAGUAGCUGUUAAAUCAACAUUUAUCCAUCACCCAUUCCUUCAAUAUCAAACAAGAUACGAAGUAAUAGUAAGGAGCUCAGUAAUUAAAAGCAGGAUUAUCAGUCAGUCAGUAACAACGUAGAACUUCGUACGUACGUACAUCAGUUCGAGUUGCCACACCACAUUAGCACAGAGAUGCAGUUGUCGAUUCAAAUCCCGUAGUGGUAGAGGUAGCAAGAGUAUAAGCAGUAAUCGGGAAGAUUAGGGUUUGGAGAUGUUAUUUAAAGAGUAUAAUACACUGAAAUAAAUUUGGAAAGAGGAAAAAAGGGACCUGAAGAAUUCAGAAGAUUAGAAUUUGGGAGAACACAUAGAGUGUGUGCACCUGCGCCAUUGCAAACGAUUUUGAGCCAUGUCAUUCAGGGUCUCUAACCAUCGGUUGCUAUCAUCUCGCAGUCCCCAACCAGGUAGUCUACACCUACCAACAUGACUCAGUCCACUUGUCAGUGACUUCAUGGACUUGUGCCAUGUUUUGGUCUGGCCGCCCCUAGCUUUCUUCCAACCUGCUCCUAUACCACUGAACAUCGCACGUCGAGGCAGUCGGUCGUUGGGCAUACGUAACACGUGUCCCAGCCAUAUGAACUAAUGAUGUUUCACUACGUCAUCAAUUGAUUUGCCAUCCUUACCUAGUACCCGUUUCCUAACAACUGUGUUACUUACUCGAUGGUCCCAUGAUAUACGAGCAAUGUUUCGAAGACACCUAUGAUCAAAUACUAGUAACCUACGAAUAUCCUCUACUCUUACCGGCCAUGUUUCAC